AUGUUUGGAUCCAUUGUUUUAAUUUGUGAUUUAUUCCCAUCUGUUCAGCUUCACAUCAAUUAUAAACCAAUACUUUGCUUUUUUUAUUAUUAUUAUUAUUGCAGCUCUUCCAGUAUCUCCACAGUUGAUGGUUGUCAAAACAAUAUCUCAGUGGACCUCUUUCUGCAUCUUUCGCUCAUACCAGCUGUGCUGAUUACAGGCGUGCUCUCAUUCCUCCAAAGACGAGCUCACAGACUUGCCAUUGACCACAGGCUGCCUUUCCUAGAAGGACGUUUUGGUAUCGUGGUGCCUUUGGAUACGAUCAGCAGCCUCAGUAACCGCUGGUCUUAUGGAUUUGCAUUCGGUGCCGUGUCCAGCAGCGUUAUGCUGCUCUUCUCUGAACGUUACAUCCCUUUCAGUAUCGUGCCCUGGGCAAGAGCCAUAGUGUAUCUGAUUGGAGCUUUAGAAGUGGGCCUGGUGUAUUUCCCCUUUUUUGCCUGCCUGUCGACACCAUUCAGAAUGACCGGGGCAGUGCUGGGAACACUCUACUCUGUGUCCUGGAUCGUUGUCACAGUCUGGGACAUGGUGACCUGUCCAGGGGGUCAGAUUUUGGGUAAAUACCAGAAGAUAAUUGCCCAGUGGCCCUGUGUCCUCUCACUCGUCUUCCUCCUGGGACGAUUCAUUUACAUGCUGGUUAAAGAUGUUAGCAUACAUCUGCAUCUGGAACCAGAGGAUCCUGGAGAGCUAGCUGAGCAACAUCAGGCACAACAUGUGAAACGACUGCUGAGAACACCUGAGCACAGCAAACUCCUCAGCUGGUUCCAGAGACGAGUGUAUGAAUGGGACCCCUUUUUUAAAUUUCCUAACAGGAUCAUCGGCACCACCAUCGUAUCCCUCAUAGGCCUGUAUAUAAUAACUCUUGCAGACUACAGCCUCAGUGAUGCUAUGUUUGACCGAGCAGAAAACUGGAAGGAUGCUCUGAAAUAUGAGGUUACCUUUCGCAACCAGACUCUGGAAGGCGCAAUAAUCUGGAUUGAAGAGUUCAUCUACGUGGCCAGGAAAUCGUGGCUUGCCACCACCAUCUUUGCCAGUCUCAACUCUGUUGCUUACAUCUUCCACAUUUUAUCUUGUUACAGGAAACAUCUGAAGAGACUCUGGAAAGGACAGAAAGGUUUUUUGCCUGAGAAGUUUCACAAUCCUCCAUCUGCUGUCAGUGUUGCUUCUAUUGCAAGAUACUCUGGAUGGCAAAUAGCAUUUACUCUGUGGGGCUACUUCAUUGUCCAUUUCGUCCACUUCAUGUUAGCGCUGGUGUUGGUCUACACGUUCAUUCUUCCCGUACUACACGGAGAGACGCUGAGCAUGCUGAAAAACCUGGGCCUCAUUCUGCUGACCAUUGGUCUGGUGAUCGGCUUGGUGAUUCUUCAGGUGGUUCUGGUUCAGGUCUUCUUCCUUCAGGACAAAAUGUCCCCCACAGAUAAGCAGAAACCUCUGGCUCUCAACAAUAGAAAGGCGUUCCAUUGCUUCACUUACUUUUUCUUUUUCUACAACGUGGUGAUGGGCAUCAGUACCUGCGUGCUCAGGCUGCUGUUCAGCCUAGUGGUUGGAACAUGGUUGGUGUCCCGCAUAGACAGAACCAUAAUGCAGAGGGGAUAUGAAACCCUGGAUGCUGGCUACAGUACAUGGAUAGGGAUGAUUUUUGCCGACCAUUACCACAACAACCCUGUGAUGGUGUGUUUCUGCCAGCUGCUGGUUUCCAAUGUGCUGGAGAGACGUAAUGAAACAACAACAUAUUCCUCUUUUGACAACGCUCCGUCAGCAUCCAUUAUGAAUACCCGAGCCAGGAGGCGUUGGGUUUUGCUUUACACAUUAUUGAAGAACCCUCCUCUGAUCCUACUAAGAAAGCACAACCUAAAGUCUACUCAGACAGAGACAACGAUGCGGGCUUGGGUCAUGGCAUCACAAACACAAAGCCGCCAAUCACCACCACAGGCACCACCAGAAAUCAUAAUCACAGCAGAAGAAGACUGUUAGAAAUAAACAACAUGUCCAUCCAUUUCCUUUACUUGCUUUGUCCCACAUCACGGGGGACCUGGUGUCUAUCUCCAGCAGGGGUACACC